UUAUUCAAUAAAAAGAAACCUCUUUUGCAACCGAAUCCGGAGACGCCAGUGCUCGAGCAAAUGAAAAUUUAUCGAUAAGUUUAUUUAGUUUAUAUAUUUUUUCGUUUGUUAUUGCGAUUAACGAACAAAAAAAAAUGGGGGGACAAGUGUAUUUUGCCGUAUUCGCUGUGAACCUGGUGGUCUUCUCGGUAGCGGGCUGCUGGUCCUGGACCUCACCGAUGAUCCCGAAAUUCCAGAGCACGGAUCCCCACCUCAACCCUCUGGGCCGCCCCGCCACUACCCUGGAAACCAGCUGGAUCGCCUCCAUUAUGAACCUGGGAGCGAUCGUAGGACCAUUCAUCGGCGGUUACUUAUCCCACAACUACGGCAAAAAAACCUCUUUGCUCAUCAUGACUACCCCCAUACUGGUUUCCCAUGCCCUUUGUGCCAUAGGGGAUGACAUUUAUUACUUUUUAUUCGCCCGAUUAUUAAUCGGAUUAUCAGCCGGUACGAUUUACAGCGUCGUACCUGGAUACGUGGGUGAUGUUUCCGAGGAUAAAGACAGGGGGUUCCUUGGUAGCCUAAUUGGGGUAUUUAACUGUUUGGGGAUGCUCUUUAUGUUCGCGGUGGGGCCUUAUUUGUCUAUUAAGUGGUUCAGUGUAGCUAACAUGGUGACCCCCGUGGUUUUUUAUGUGGUUUUUGGGGUGUUUACCCCCUCGAGUCCCUACGAUUUGCUUAAGGAGGGUAAAGUGGUGAAAGCGGUUGAGUCUUUGAUGAAGCUGCGCGGCACAGCUGCGGAGGACGUGCAAAAGGAGCUAAAGUAUAUUAGGGAAACCAUUGAGCAGUCUGGGCAGAACGUUAAUGGACUAUCACGCAUCCUAAAGACUCGCUCUUACGUCAAAGGAUUGAUAGUCAGCAAUGGCUUAAUGGUGUUUCAGCAACUCUCCGGUAUUUGCGCAGUAUUAGGUUACUUGCAGCACAUAUUCGAAUCUUCCGGCAGUUCCCUUCCGGCCACUUACUCGGCGAUGCUUGUCGGGGUGAUUCAGCUUAUGUCAGCUACGGUAGGCGCUCAGCUCGUGAGUAAAACCGGCCGCAAGGCCCUCAUAAUGGUCUCAAAUGUGUUUGGGAUGCUCGGCCUAAUCGCCCUGGGGGUUUUCUUCUACUUAAAGGACGAUCUGAGUGUGGAUGUUAGUGCCCUAGGGUAUUUACCCAUAAGUAGUCUGGUUAUUUAUAUAUUGGUUCUUAACGUGGGUUUGUCCAUACAGCCAUGGGCCAUGUUAGCCGAGCUGUUCCCCCCGGAUAUUAAAGCGAUUUCCGCUACGAUUUCCACAUUUACUUCGUUUAGUUUGUCGUUUAUUACGACUUUGGGAUUUCCGUUUAUGGCCGAUUCGAUCGGUUUGGCAUGUACUUUUUGGGUGUUUGCCGCCAUCUUAUUCCUUGGGAGUAUUUUCACUUUUCUGGUGGUACCGGAAACCGGAGGUAAAAGUAUUGAGGAGGUGCAGCACGUUUUAGCUAGAUCAUGACGUCCCCGGAAGUGUUGCCUCUAAUAAAACAAUUAUUUACUUAAUAAUACAUUCUUUAUUAUAACUAAAUCACAAUAGUUUGUAUUAAAUGUUUAUAAUAUAUGCUCGAAAUAAAUAUAAAAAUAACUGGAAAUACAGAAUCGAGUGCAAUCACAGCUAGACUAGGUAUAUAAUAUCAUUUCUUUUACCAAACAUUAUAAUAAUAACAAUGGUAAUAUAUAAUAUUGUAAAAAUUGAAUAAUA